GACUGAGGUUACCUAACCCUUCACACCCUCGAAAAGUCCGCCAACCCCCGCCCUAUCACUAACCCCAUCCCCUAAACAAAACAAAACUGAAACCCAACCCCCAAAGUCACUGCUACUUGAUUAGUAGUUAAUUACAAUUAGUAUUGGUAUUAACAAUUAAGAAUCCCAUUUAUACAGAACCUAAACCAUCCUACUACCACAUUCCCCAUUCGCCAACCCCCCUCCUUCUCUGUAACUGAUGGAAGCAUCGGCAGCGUUGUCGCGCAUCGGGCUUGCGGGCCUGGCGGUGAUGGGCCAAAACCUGGCUCUGAACAUAGCGGAGAAAGGCUUCCCAAUCUCCGUGUACAACCGCACAACCUCCAAGGUCGACGAGACCGUAGAUCGGGCCCGCCAAGAGGGCUCUCUCCCUCUCACCGGUCAAUACAACCCCCGCGACUUCGUCCUCUCACUCCAACGGCCCAGAUCCGUCAUCAUCCUCGUCAAGGCCGGCGCCCCCGUUGACCAGACCAUCGCCGCUCUCUCCGACCACAUGGAGCCUGGCGACACCAUCAUCGACGGCGGGAACGAGUGGUACGAGAACACCGAGCGCCGCAUCCACCAGGCCUCCGAGAAGGGACUCCUCUACCUUGGCAUGGGAGUCUCCGGCGGCGAAGAGGGCGCCCGUAACGGUCCUUCCCUCAUGCCCGGCGGCUCUCUCCAGGCCUACAACAACAUCCAGGAUAUUCUCUCCAAGGUGGCCGCUCAGGUCGAGGACGGCCCCUGCGUCACCUACAUCGGCGAGGGAGGUUCUGGAAACUUCGUGAAGAUGGUCCACAACGGAAUUGAAUACGGAGACAUGCAGUUAAUCUCUGAAGCCUACGAUGUUCUCAAGCAUGUUGGUGGUUUGAACAAUUCUGAGCUCGCUGAUAUUUUCGCGGAGUGGAACCGUGGGGAGCUUGAGAGUUUCCUCAUUGAGAUCACCGCUGAUAUCUUCAAGGUGAAGGAUGAGGAAGGUGGUGAUGGUUUCUUGGUGGAUAAGAUUCUUGAUAAGACCGGCAUGAAGGGCAGUGCUGCCAGUGUUUUGAAGGAAGCUGGAAUGAGUGAUGAUAUCGCAUCUGCCGCGAGGGUUGGCGUCGACAAGAAGCGAUUGAUUGAUGAUGUGAGGCAGGCAUUGUAUGCUUCCAAGAUUUGCAGCUAUGCUCAGGGGAUGAACUUGUUGAGGGCCAAGAGUAAUGAGAAAGGUUGGAACUUGAAUUUGGGAGAGUUGGCUAGGAUUUGGAAGGGUGGAUGUAUCAUAAGAGCUGUGUUCUUGGAUAGGAUCAAGAAGGCCUAUCAGAGGAAUCCCAACUUGGCGAGCUUGAUCGUGGACCCAGAGUUUGCGAGGGAGAUGGUGCAGAGGCAGGCUGCUUGGAGGAGGGUCGUGGGGUUGGCCAUUUCGGCUGGAAUCAGCACUCCUGGGAUGUGUGCUAGCCUUGCUUACUUUGACACGUACCGGAGGGCACGGCUGCCGGCUAACCUUGUUCAGGCUCAGAGAGACUUGUUCGGAGCUCAUACUUAUGAGAGGGUUGAUCGCCCCGGAGCUUUCCAUACUGAGUGGACAAAACUCGCUCGCAAGAGUGGAUCUGGGGUUGGUGCUCUCAAUUGAUACGUGUUUUGGUUGGGUUGGUUAGUUGUAUUUGUGCUUUAUUGUUCAUGCAGCAUUUGAGUUGAAAAAUUGACACUGUAUGUGCUUCUUUUGAGGAUCCUUGUUUAGGCAGAGGAAAAACCACUAUUGUUUACUUCUUAUAUCUGUUUUUGCUCUUAAUUUAAUAAAAGCAAGGUUUUUUCCACACA